CCUGACCCAGCUCCCUAGCUCCCCACCCCGAGUCACUUUCUUCUCCCGGAGUCUGUUUCGCGAAGGUGGAAAGAUGGGAAAGGUCUGUUUGGCGUCGGCAGCACUCGUGCCCGUUAUAACGAACUCCCGAUAAUAGUUUCCCAAAGGUGGACAGAAGAGAAAGGAGACAUUGGUUAGGGGUGGUGAGAGUGGAAAGUCAAGGGAAGAUGCCCUGAUGCUCAAAGGUCUUCAUACAGCAGGAAAAGGCUUUUUGUGGGAAGGAUGCAUUCCCAGAGAGGCUCUGAGCACCGCCCACGAGGCCACGGGCUCCGUCUUCUCCAUGCCAUCUCCCGCUUGGCCUCCCCCUAUGCAGCCUUGCCCCCCAGGUGUCUGGGAGACCCUACCUUGAGCCUUCAGUACACCUGCUCCCAGACUCCGCUAUCCCAGGCAGGGACCCCGGAAGAGGAUGGAUUCUUCAACCUGCUAACCCAUGUCCAGGGUGGUCGGAUGGAGGAGCAGCGCUGCUCUCUGCAGAUUGAACCAGGCCAGGGGCCUCCCAACAAGAACAGUCAUAGCCCCAGUCCUGCGGCUCCUCCGGAGAUGGACAAUCUGAUAGACAUGCUGGCCCACACCCAGGGACGUCGUAUGGAUGACCAACGUGUCAGCAUCAACUACCUGCCUGGCUUCCAGUCUGGGGCCCCUAAGGAUGGUGUGGAGCAAGGAACAGGGAAUCGAAGCCACAAUCCCCUGUUGGUUCCUCAAGACCCCUCUGCCCUCAGCUUCCGAAGGAACAGCAGUCCCCAUCCACAAACUACUGGCCCCUGAGGGUUUGGGACUGACUUGGUUUUCACACUCAACCAGUCCUUCGGCACCAAAUAAAAGGCUUGCACAUAAACUGA